GCUAGUACGUUUCCUUCUCCCCACUCACUCGCGGAGCCCGCCAAGAGGCCAGGGGGCUCCCCCAAUAUAGCUCCCUUGCCAAGUCUUGGCGACCGUAGCUGAGAUGCUCCGCCUACGAAGAGGUCAUCUGGGUUCCCCAGACCCAGACUCUGCUCAAAGCGAGAAGUUUCCGGCUGAGGCUAGGCGUAGACGGGUCAAGACUCGCUCCUCCGGCGCCCAGCCUCUGCUCCCAGAACCGAGCUCCCCGCCGCGGGGGGACCCCACCCUGCGCCCACUUAAUACUCCAGCAUGCUCCUCCAAUCCCGCGGGUGCCCAGCCGUCUCCGCCUCGGUUUUCCUCGGCCACGUGAGUGGAGACUUGAGCAAAGGCCGGGCCGGAAGGACGGGCUCGGGUUGCAGAGCAAGGGUUCCACCCCCCAUCCUCUCACGUCCCCUAGGAGAGCCCCGUGGACGGGGCUGACCUCUGCGGCUCCCUCUAUUACCGUAUUCACCCAGAUACGAGCCGCGCGCAGCACCCUCUCCCAUUUUCCUGGCUUUUGAGAACCGUCGACACAAACCAAACCUUUCCGGAAGGUGGCUGGGGGGUGGAGAGGAAUUCGAAGGGCGCGGGAAGAAAGCUCCCGGGGAGGAAGGUACAGAUUAGCACGUGGUUCCUGCCGGAACCAAUGAGGGUCAGCGAUCUCGGCCUCGGUCACCCGGCCGGCAGGGAUGGCCCAGAGGAAGGCGCAGUACAGGACACUGGGCGUCUGCCCGCUGUGCUUGCAGCGACAAGAGGGGAAGCUCAGGGCGACACCCAGAGGGUGACCGGGGACACCCCAGCCCCGCCUCCUCCGCCUUCGGGAUGCCGCUGAACCCUGUCACCUCCACCCCCUUCUCGGUCAAUGAUAUACUGAGGCUGGAGCCAGAGCAGAUAGAUCCCGAAUUCUUGCAACUCCAGGAGGCACCGGGGAGCCCUGAAAGCUUUCAGUGCCAGCGACCGGUCCCAGAACCGCGAAAGUCAGAGGUUCACAGCACCUGCAGCGCCUGCGGCGGAAACAGCGACAGAACCGACGAGUCGGGGUGUCCUGGUGGUCCCCCCGAGACGCUCGCAGAGAUGGACUCAGAACGCGUGGAGGAGCCACAGCCGGGCCUCAGCGCAGCCUCGCCCCUCCGCGGCGGGACCAGGGGGCCAGAGCUCGGCGUCGGCGACCCCGGCAGCGGCGCGCGCGGGACCGGCCCCGAGCAGCCCAAGGCGCGCCAGCGGCGGAAGCCCCGCGUGCUCUUCUCGCAGGCGCAGGUGCUGGCGCUGGAGCGGCGCUUCAAGCAGCAGCGGUACGUGUCGGCGCCCGAGCGCGAGCACUUGGCCAGCGCGCUGCAGCUCACGCCCACGCAGGUCAAGAUCUGGUUCCAGAACCGGCGCUACAAGUGCAAGAGACAGCGCCAGGACAAGUCCCUAGAACUGGCGGGCCACCCCCCGGCGCCGCGCCGGGUGGCGGUGCCCGUGCUGGUGCGGGACGGCAAGCCCUGCCUGGGCCCCGGCGCGCCGGCUUUCUCGGGCCCCUACGGCGCCGCCGCGGCGCCCUAUUCCUGUUACGGCGGCUACGCGGGCGCCCCUUACGGCGCCGGCUACGGCGGCGGCUACGCGGGCGCGCCCCCGGGUCCUGCGACGCCCGCACCCCUGGCCAGCGCGGGUUUCGGCGGGGGUGGCCCCGGCGCCGGCCCGCAGAGCCACCUGCCCGCCGCGCUGCAGGGCGUCAGGGCCUGGUGAGGCGCGGUGGCUCCGAGACGCCCGCCGUGACCCGGUGCUCCGUGCCAGCCUCGCCGCCCACCGCUUUCGGCGGCCGGGAUGGAGCGCGGCGCUGGCGGAGCGACCGGAUGGCACUUCUCCCCUAGCAAUCCCUGGGACUGCGAAUUGCCCCCGAUAAGCCAUCCCGCUGAAGGCCCGGGGACGGUCUUCUCCCCAAAAACAGCGCGCAGGGCCUGCGCCGGCCGCCCACGAAGCAGCCCUGGGAGGGAGGAGAGCCCGGGGUAGCUGGCAGUUUCUCGUUCGGAGCAGUAGUGAAGCAGGUGACUUGUGGAGCCUCAAACCCAGGGUUUGCUGAUAGGCUCCUGAAUUUGUGCGCAGCAGCCUGGGGCCUGG